UUCCAGAUGGUUCUGGAAGCUCAGGUCGGGAUUUCUCGAAUGCUCGGAAAGGAUAGAAAAGCUGUACAGUUACUGUCAUCGCUGAGUAUCUGACUUACCGGGUUCAUCUUCAGAGGACGUCCGCUUAUUUUACACCGGAGUUUUCAAUACAUAGAGGACCAAGAUGCCUGAAUCACACGACCAACCAAUGGAGGAGGAGGCUGAGACUUUUGCAUUUCAGGCUGAAAUCGCUCAGCUGAUGUCCCUGAUCAUCAACACUUUCUACUCCAACAAAGAGAUCUUCCUUAGGGAGCUUAUCUCAAACUCUUCAGAUGCCCUGGACAAAAUCCGCUAUGAGAGUCUCACUGACCCCUCCAAGCUGGACAACGGCAAGGAGCUCAAAAUUGAAAUCAUUCCCAACAAAGAGGAACGCACCCUGACCCUGACUGACACGGGUAUCGGCAUGACCAAGGCCGACCUGAUCAACAAUCUGGGCACAAUCGCCAAGUCUGGCACUAAGGCUUUCAUGGAGGCCCUGCAGGCUGGAGCCGACAUUUCCAUGAUCGGUCAGUUCGGCGUGGGUUUCUACUCGGCCUACCUGGUGGCUGAGAAGGUGACGGUCAUAACCAAGCACAAUGAUGAUGAGCAGUACGCAUGGGAGUCCUCUGCUGGAGGCUCUUUCACAGUAAAAGUGGACAACUCUGAGCCCAUUGGACGUGGCACCAAGGUGAUCCUGCACUUGAAAGAAGACCAGUUGGAAUACAUCGAGGAGCGAAGAGUCAAAGAGAUUGUGAAAAAACACUCGCAGUUCAUCGGCUAUCCCAUCACACUCUUUGUGGAGAAGGAGCGUGAUAAGGAGGUGAGUGACGACGAAGCUGAGGAGGAGGAGAAGGAGAAAGACAAGGACGAAGAAGAGGAGAAGGACGAGGACAAGCCCGAGAUUGAGGAUGUCGGGUCGGACGAGGAGCACGACCACGACCACGACAAGUGUUCAGACAAAAAGAAGAAGAAGAAGAAGAUCAAGGAGAAGUACAUCGACCAGGAGGAGCUGAACAAGACCAAACCUCUGUGGACCCGCAACCCGGAGGACAUCACGAAUGAGGAGUACGGAGAGUUUUACAAGAGUCUAACCAAUGACUGGGAAGACCACCUGGCCGUCAAGCACUUUUCAGUGGAGGGUCAGCUGGAGUUCCGCGCUCUCCUCUUUGUGCCACGCCGCGCUCCUUUCGACCUUUUCGAGAACAAGAAGAAGAAGAACAACAUCAAGCUGUACGUGCGCAGGGUCUUCAUCAUGGACAACUGCGAUGAGCUCAUCCCCGAGUACCUCAAUUUCAUCAAGGGCGUGGUGGACUCUGAGGAUCUGCCCCUGAACAUCUCCAGAGAGAUGCUGCAGCAGAGCAAGAUCCUGAAAGUCAUCCGCAAGAACCUGGUCAAGAAGUGCCUGGAGCUCUUCACCGAGCUCGCCGAGGACAAGGACAACUACAAAAAGUACUACGAGCAGUUCUCCAAGAACAUCAAGCUCGGCAUCCACGAGGAUUCUCAGAACAGAAAGAAACUGUCUGAGCUGCUGCGAUAUUACACCUCAGCCUCUGGAGAUGAGAUGGUUUCCCUGAAGGACUAUGUGACACGCAUGAAGGACAACCAGAAACACAUCUACUACAUCACUGGCGAGACCAAGGACCAGGUGGCUAACUCUGCCUUUGUGGAGCGCCUCCGCAAAGCCGGCCUGGAGGUCAUCUACAUGAUCGAGCCCAUCGACGAGUACUGCGUCCAGCAGCUGAAGGAGUUUGAGGGCAAAAACCUGGUUUCGGUGACCAAAGAGGGCCUGGAGCUGCCUGAGGACGAAGAAGAGAAGAAGAAGCAGGAGGAGAAGAAGUCUCAGUUUGAGAACUUGUGCAAGAUUAUGAAGGACAUCUUGGAGAAGAAGGUGGAGAAGGUCACAGUCUCCAACCGCCUGGUCUCUUCCCCGUGCUGCAUCGUCACCAGCACGUACGGCUGGACAGCCAACAUGGAGAGGAUCAUGAAGGCCCAGGCUCUGAGAGAUAACUCCACCAUGGGCUACAUGGCUGCUAAAAAACACCUCGAGAUAAACCCAGACCACCCCAUCGUGGAGACCCUGAGACAGAAGGCCGAGGCCGACAAGAACGACAAGUCUGUGAAGGAUCUGGUCAUCCUGCUCUUUGAGACGGCUCUGCUGUCUUCGGGAUUCACCCUGGACGACCCGCAGACUCACUCCAACCGCAUCUACAGAAUGAUCAAGCUGGGUCUUGGUAUCGAUGAAGACGAUCUGACACCAGAUGAAGUCACCCCUGCUCCCUCUGAGGACAUGCCUCCUCUCGAAGGCGACGACGACGACACAUCCAGGAUGGAGGAGGUGGACUAGGCUACUUUCUAUGGCCUGCUAGUGUUCAUAAAUAGUGUUAAAUAAAGUUUAAUGUUGUAAAAAAAAUGAGCCAUGAAUAGUCCUCCCCUCAACCCUCUUUUAGGACCACUGUAUUUCUCCUUUGCAUCAACCACAUGCAGUUCAGAUUCAUUCCUUUUAGAAGAUUAUUUUUUAAGUUGUCACUUUUUGUAACUUGGGUUGUAUCAUUGUUUUUUGUAUUUAUUGACAUUCCGAUGUUCUCUGUGUGUUCUUACUUUGACUGUAAAUAAAGCAGAGUUGAUACUGUAUCUGAAAGGGGUGGGACCCAAAAAUAAAGGUUUACCAUGUUGA